AUGGGGACACCAUUCCGCCCAGCGUCUCCUGCACAGGAUUUGCCGCAGUACUACCACGACUUGGGUGACACUGACAUUACAGACUGCUUCCGGAACUUCGAUCUCGAAAAGAACUUUGAUCUCUUUGACCGGCAGACACGAAACCCCAAGACGGCCAACUUCUGCCUCGAUCUGGGCGAGGACGAGGCGUACUGCGCCUUUGACCUGGCCUCGUUCUCCUACUCCCGUCUGCUGGAGGCGCCGCGGCCUGCGCAUCUGCACACACGAUGGAUCAACCUCUGGCAGCCGUACAACCAGAAGGACACUCUCCGCCUGGUUGGCCAGCACUAUGAUUUCUCGCCACGUCUGCUGGGCAUGAUGUGCAGUGAUCCCGUGCCCCCCCGUGGAACCUCCAGUCUGGAGAAGAGCAUCUCUACACUGCGUUCCCGGCUGUCGCAUCGCUCCAGGCACUCAAAGUCAAGCAGCGAGAAGUCAAAAUCAGGCUCGAACAAGGACACUAUCGAGUCGGAGGAGAGUGUUGGGAUGACAGAGCUGAUGCACUCGACGCAGUUGGAGAUGGUGCGGGAUCUCACGCACUACCAGAUUGUCGAGGACGUGUGGCACUGGUCGACGGUGGACUGGGGCCGCCGAUACCUCUGCCUAGGCUAUAACACCCUCCAUAACGUACGCAGCAAGCAGACGCACCACCACCAUGACGCACACCGGCUCGACCGUGACCAGGACAUACCCCACGGCAAGCGAGUGUGGAACUGGCUUCUACUGUGCGAAGACAAGACGGUCAUCUCCAUCUCCGAAGACCCAUUCCCCUUUGCGAACGGCGAGGUGCACGGAUGGGACUUGAGGAUGUUGUACACAGUGCGACGCAACCUCGUCAAUGUCUUCCGACAGCUGACCAAGGCGCCCACGCCGCUCUCCGACGCCGCCCUCACCCAACUCCCGAUCCGCCACCGCAUCGGCCACAGCGAAGAAGAAACGGCUCACCGCCCCGCCGACACGCCCGGGCUGCUCUUCUACUACCUCUUCGAAGACUGGGGCACCACCUUCAGCCUCAUCUCCCGCAGCGAGGAAGGCUACGCCGCAGAGCUCGACCGGCUCCGCCAGGAAAUGCUCGUCAAAGCCGACCUCACGCACGUCGACCAGCUACACCACAUCGGGUGCCAGCUCGCGGUGCUGCGCCGCGUGUACCACAGCUACUCGCUGCUGAUCGAGCGGGUGCUGGAGCGGCGCGACGCGACGCCCGCGUCGCUGAAAAACUCGCACGUGCUGCCGCCGACUUCAUCGCUCGUCGCGUCCGCGCACGGCACAGAAGGCGGCGCGUUCCUGGCCGACGCGCCCAGCAGCCUCGGGGUGCCGCUCAGCACGGCAUCCCGCGUGCGGUUCCAGCGGCUCAAGGACCGCAUUGCGCUGUACGCGCUCAGCGAGAUCCAGGAGUGCCUCGACCAGAAGGACUCGCUGGUGAUGAUGAACUUCAAUCUGAUUGCGAUCAAGGAGUCGUUUAGCGUGGAGCGGCUGACGUGGGUGACGCUCGUGCUGGCGCAGAUUACCAUCUUGUUCACGCCCGUGACGCUGAUGACGGGGUACUUCAGCAUUCAGUUCAAGGCGACCGAGUUUGAGGUGGGCAGUUACUGGGUGGCGUUUGGGGUGGUGUGGGGGGCGUCAGUGCUGCUGCUGUUUGCAUUUAGCUACUUUAGCGGCACGCUGAACGGGCACAUUAUCAAGACGAGCUGGAGCCGGGUGGUGGUGGAGGGGAGCAGGCGGUGGUGGGCACGGAGGGUCAAGCGGGGGAACUGA